CCUGAGGCGGACCCCACGUCCACUGGCAUGAGCUGGCGCCCUUGCAGCUGUGUCGCACGGCCUUUCUCCUGCUCUUGCAGCUCCUGCCCCUGCAGCUCCAGCCCGUUGACAGCCGCCGGGCGGCCUCAUCGCCCAGACAGUUGUAAAGAAGGUUUCCCUCUUUCUGACAAAAUGAAGUGUGAUUUUAAUUGUAACCAUGUUCAUUCUGAAUCGAAACCAGUAAAACCUGAUGAGAGUGGAAGGCAAGGCUCCUACACUCCUGCAUAUGUGGACGGUUCUUGUAAAGACUGCAUUAAAGACUGUGAAAGGUUGUCAUACAUUGGGUCACCAGUUGUGAGCACAAGGACUAAAGAACUUGAACCUAAAAGCAAACCCUUGCAUAACAAAGAAAAUCAACAUGUACAACAAACACUUAAUAGUUCCAAUGAAAUAGAAGAAUUGGAGACCAGUAGACUUUAUGAAGACAGUGGAUAUUCCUCAUUUACUCAGCAAAGUGUCCUCAGCGAAUAUGAAGAGGGUAGCCUUACACUUGAGGAAAAUUUCAGAAACAGCCCACAGUCCUGCCUGCUACAGACACAAAGCCCAGAAUAUCCCAACAAAAACUUGCUGCCAGUUCUUCAUUUUGAAAAAGUGGUUUGUUCAACAUUAAAAAAGAAUGCCAAGCGAAAUCCUAAAAUAGAUCGAGAAAUGCUGAAGGAAAUUAUAUCCAAUGGAAAUUUUAGACUCCAGAAUAUAAUUGGCAGGAAAAUGGGCCUAGAAUGUGUAGAUAUCCUCGGUGAACUCUUCCGAAGGGGACUCAGGCAUCUUCUAGCAAAUAUUUUGACACAGCUCAGUGAUAUGGACUUAAUCAAUAUGUCAAAAGUGAGCACAGCUUGGAAGAAGAUUCUAGAAGAUGAUAAGGGGACAUUCCAGCUGUAUAAUAAGGCUAUGCAAAGAAUUACUGAAAACAGCAUUAAGUUUUCACCACAUGCUUCAACCAGAGAAUAUGUUAUGUUUAGAACCGCAUUAGCUUCAGUUCAAAAAUCUGCAGUGCAUGGUCCUCCCUCCAAAAGUGCUCAAACCAAGUUAUCCAGUCAACGUGAUCAGAAAAGUUCUGCUUACAGUCGACACAAUGAAUUCUCUGAGGUUGCCAAGACUUUGAAAAAGAACGAGAGUCUCAAAGCCUGUAUUCGCUGCAAGUCACCUGCGAAAUACGAUUGCUAUUUACAGCGAGCAACCUGCAGAAGGGAAGGCUGUGGAUUCGAUUAUUGUACAAGGUGUCUUUGUGAUUAUCAUUCCACCAAAGACUGUUUAAAUGGCAAGCUCCUAAAAGCCAGUUGUAAAGUGGGUCCUCUUCCUGGUACUAAAAAAAGUAAAAAGAAUUUACAGAGAUUGUGAUCUGUUAUUAAAUCAAUUGUGAAUGUCCAUGAGGGUUAGAAAAUGUUAGGUUUUAAUCUUACCCCACAAAAAAAGAAAUGGUGGUGAUUUUUCCCAUUUUAUGUUGAAAUCAAUGUGUCUGGGAUUUUUUUUUUUCCCAGUAAAUAGAGAACACAAAACUCUUAAAAUACUUUACAACUUAAUGUGAAAAAGCUUAAAAUUCUCAGUGCAGAACAUAAAAUUUAAGUAUUUUAAGAAAAGAGGAAAACUGCAUAAUUAUCUGAUGUUUGUGAUUUAAGAGAGAAAAUAAAAUUGAUUGUUUUAGGAUAAAGGGAAGCUAUGUAAUUUUACCUAGACGAUCUUAAAUAUAAAUCUGGUUUGCUAUCUGCUAGCAUUCGAGACAUCUUGCUUCACUAAAUGAAUACCAAUUUAUCAAUUUUUGGAGUCUAUUAAUUUAAAUGUUUAACUUUCCUUAACCAUUUUUUCAGUGUAUAUAUUUCUCACGAAUCUGUCCUUUGUAAAAUUGUGACAUUUUCCUUGUUGGUUUUAAUAUUUUUGUAUAUGUGUAAAUAUUUCUGUAUUUUUAUGUGUCAAAGUAAAAAAAUAAUGUCUAUACCUAUGAAUAAAUUUUGU